UGAAGCACCUGGACAGCAGGGCUUGUGAGCAUUUUGGGAUCCCAAGCUCUUCUCACAGAGGGAGGGACAGAACAGGCAGCAGACACCAUGGAGCCCCCCUCAGCCCCUCCUCACAGAGGGCACAUCCCCUGGCAGGGGCUUCUGCUGGCAGUCUCACUCAUAAGCUUCUGGAACCCGCCCACCACUGCCCAACUCACUAUUGAAUCGGUGCCGACCGAUGCUGCUGAAGGGAAGGAAGUUCUUCUAGUUGUAUACAAUCUGCCUGGGAAUCUCCUAGGCUAUGGCUGGUUCAAAGGGGAAAUAGAUUCCAAUCAACAAAUUGCAUCAUAUGUGAUAGACACACAAGAAAUGACACCAGGGCCUGUAAACAAUGGUCAAGAGAUAAUAUUCCCCAAUGGAUCACUGCUGUUCCAGAAUGCCACCCAGGAGGACACAGGAUACUACACCCUACAAGUCAUAAAGAUAAAUUUUCAAAGUGAACUAGGAACUGGACAGCUCCACGUAUACCCGGAGUUAACCAAACCCAACAUCACAUGCAACAGCUCCAACCCCGUGGAGCACAGGGACCCUAUAGUGUUCACAUGUGAACCUGAGACUCAGAACACCACCUACCUGUGGUUGAUCAACAAUCAGAGCCUCCCGGACAGCGCCUGGCUGAAGCUGUCCCCAGACAACAGGACUCUCACUUUACUCCAUGUCACAAGGAAUGACACAGGACCCUAUGAGUGUGAAACCUGGAACCCAGUGAGUGCUCGUCGCAGUGACCCAUUCUACCUCAAUGUUCUCUAUGGCCCGGAUGCCCCCACCAUUUCCCCCUCAGACUCCUAUUACCAUCCAGGGGCAAACCUCAGCCUCUCCUGCCAUGCGGCCUCUAACCCACCUGCACGGUAUUCUUGGCUUAUCAAUGGGAGGCCCCAGCAAUCCACACAGGAGCUCUUUAUCCCCAACAUCAGUGCGAACGAUAGUGGAUCCUACACCUGCCUCGUCCAUAACUCUGUCACCGGCCUCAAUAGGACCACAGUCAAGACUAUCACAGUCUCUGAUCGAUGAAGUGGCAUUUUCUUCCCUGAACUUCAAUGCCCAGGAAUCAAAGAAACCAACUUUAGCCUCCCCACCCUCAUCAGCUACAGAAACAGUUUAUUCAGAAGUAAAAAAGAAGUAACGCAACCUGCCCUGUUUGCUGCCCUGAUGACAUUCCAAUCUUCUCAUCCCCAUCACUGGAAGGAUAGCUUUACCCUCAAGGAAAAGAAGCUUCUUCCUCCACCCCACAACUUCCAAAUGAGGCACCUCCAAGCUGCCCAGUCACAGCCCCUCCCUUCAGUGUCAAUACAUGAAAAGCAUUGUCUACCCAUAGGACCAGGGCCUAAGAACCUUGCUGCUUAGCUGGAAUACCACAUAAGCCCAUGGCUUGCCUGUCUUCAGAGAACUCACUAGAAGCAACUAGAAAAAUUAUUUUUCCAGUUUCACAGGUGAGUCCUAAUGGAAAAUGAAAAAAAAAAUGCAUGCAACUUUCAAUCACUUUAAGGGCUUUAUUCAAGUAAAUGCCCACAGAAGGGGAGGUUACGGCUUUAGGGAGGAGUCAGCUGGUAACAGAGACAACUUGCUGGGAAUCUGGGAAAGGAAUCAGAGAGCUACCCUUCAGAUAUUAUUUAAAUAAGUGUUAAAAAUGCACAAUUUACAGAAUUGGGUUUUUUCUCUAUAGUCUGAGACAUUCUGCCAUUUAAUUUUUGUAACUGCUUAUUUAUGUGAGAGGGGUUAUUUUUACUUAGCUUAGCUGUGUAAGUCAAUCUGACUGCCUUAGAUGAAAGAAGCCACCAAAACUCCUCAAGUCCCCUUGGCCAGGAGCUCCUCAAGGCUUUUAUGUCAGGGGCUCCAAACAGAAAAGAAGAAGAAGCCAUUUUCCUCAUUCAUGGCUAGAAAUGGAUCUAACUCAGUUUCCAGGCAUCUCAGGCCAAUCACCAGCCUCCAUUCUACCCCAUGUAUCUGCCUGUGUAUGUUCUGUCAGCCCUACUCACUUUCUCAGGAAACUUUGGCCCCUGCUAAGGUGCACUUGGUCCUGUGAAGUGGGAGUGCUUGAAGGGAACACUGUCACUCAUGCCAUUGGCAUCAUUUACAACCUAGAAAGCUGCACUGGUGUUGAUGCCCCUUAGGACACAAGGGGAAUAUUAUCACUGGGCCCUAGGCUUCUUGAAGACCCUGUGAAAUUCGUUUUCCCCCAUGGGGUCUAUGAGUCCCAAUGUGUCUUAGGAUAAAAGGAAGGGCAGGACAAGGAGAGGCAAAUGCACUUCCCACCCAGCCUUCUUCUGCACAGAUAGAACCUCUUUGGGGCUGUUGAGAGAAAGGUUUUACUCAAUAUUUAUUACUUGAUCUCAUGCUGUGUCUAAGAGACCCCCUCAAAGAGGGUUAUUUGGGAGUUCUCUGUGCUCAGUACCUCUUUCAGGGUUUUCUAACCCUGACACACACUGUAUGGACUUCCUCUCAUCCACACUAUUCUGUGUUGUUUAAUUUUGCCUGGCUAAGGCUAUUUUGGAAUUAUUUG